AUGCCUCCGCUGCUCCCCGGCGCUCCGCAACAGUUCCCCCCCGCCUCCCCGCAGCAGUAUUCCCCCGCCCCCCCGCAGUUUCCCCCCGCUUCCCCCCAACAGUUCGCCCCGCCCUCCCCGCAGUUUCCGCCAGGGUCCGCGCAGCAGUUCCCCCCAGCGUCCCCCCAUCAGUUCCCCCCAGCAUCUCCGCAGUUCCCCCAAGGCUCCGCGCAGCAGUUUCCGCCGCAACAGUUUCCCCCGCAGCAGUUUCCGCCGCAGCAGAUGUUUGGAAUGGGGUUUGCGCGGGGACCGCCGGGACAGUUUUCCCCUUCCCCCAAUUUCUCUCCGCCAACCAUGUCCGCGCAAAACGUUCCCCCCGGUCUGGGCGCGCAAGCCAUGAGUCCGCUGAUGGGUCCGCCUUCAGGUGUCUCCGAAUGGGAGGCAGCAGGGGAUGGAGGGGCGGCAGAGUCAGCAGCAGCAGGGGCAGAUGAAGGUCCUGGCGCUGGCAACGCGGGGAUGGGAGGGGGUGGCGCUGGUGGCGGCGGUGGUGGCAGCGCUGCUGGUGGUGGUGGGGGUGCGAAUCAGCGGAGGGGGCAGCAGGCGAGGGCGGGGCAGCAGCCCACGGAGGAGAGCACUCAGAGGACAGUCUAUGUGUCUGACAUUGACCACCAGGUGACAGAGGAGCAGCUGGCUACCCUCUUUCUCUCCUGUGGCCAGGUGGUGGACUGUCGGAUCUGUGGGGACCCCAACUCGGUGCUCCGAUUUGCGUUUGUGGAGUUCACAGACGAAGAGGGUGCCAAGAACGCAUUGAGCAUCGCAGGCACGAUGCUAGGGUACUACCCUCUCAGGGUGCUCCCUUCCAAGACCGCCAUUCUGCCUGUCAACCCCACCUACCUCCCCAAGAGUCAGGAGGAGAGGGAGAUGUGUGCUCGCACUGUUUAUUGCACCAACAUUGAUAAGAAGGUCACCCAGGCAGACGUGAAGCUCUUCUUUGAGUCACUCUGCGGAGAGAUCUCCCGCCUUCGUCUGCUGGGCGAUUACCAUCACUCUACCCGCAUCGCCUUUGUUGAAUUCGUGAUGGCUGAGAGCGCCAUGGCGGCGCUUAACUGCAGUGGAGCUAUUCUGGGCUCACUCCCCAUCAGGUCCGUUUCGCACCUCUCUUCACCUCUCUGCACCGUCCCGCACCUAUCCUCACCUCUAUUUCUUUCACAAGCAGUGAGCGCCAUGGCGGCUCUUAACUGCAGUGGGGCCAUUCUGGGCUCGCUCCCCAUCAGGUCCGUUCCGAAGCUCCCUGCACCACUCCGCACUUCCCUGCACCACUCCGCACUUCCCUGCACCACUCCGCACUUCCCUGCGCCACUCUGCACCACUCUGCACUUCCCUGCAACACCUGCUGUCCCCUUUGGCUCCACCCUUACCCCUUCCCCCCAUGUUGUCCCCGUCCCCCUCUUCCCCGUCCCACAACCCUCCCCCCCAUCAGAACCCCUGUGCGCCCACGAGCGCCCAGGCAGCAUGGGGGGAGGUAGUGACUGGGGGAGGGGAGGGGAGGCAUGGGGGGAGGUAGUGACUGGGGGAGGAGGAUGCUUGGGGGGAGGUAGCAAGUGGGGGAGGGGCAGCAUGGGGAAGGUAGCAACUGGGGCAGGGGCGGCAUGA